AUGGCAACUCUGUCACCGAGCGAGGGGAAUGAGACUCAAAUUGCUGACAUCUGGGCUCAUGCUGCUGCUACCUACGCCGAUACACUCGGCCAGCGUCCAGCCGCCCAGGGCAGGGACUUGGAUUCAGUGGACGCCUUACUUCACCAAAUUGAUAACCAACAGUCAAGAUUUACGGAGUUCAGAGAAAAAAGGCACACGCUGUUCAAAGUUCUCAAUAAUUUACUGAAACCAGUCGAAUUCCUUUGCAGUCUGGCCGGUGGGGGAGCCCAAAUAGCUUUUCCUCCGAGUGCACUGGUGUUCAGCGCGGUAAUGUAUUUGAUUGAAACAGGUAAAGGUGUAAGUGCUUGCUAUGAUGCAAUUACUACACUUUUUGCCGAGUUAAAGGAUUUUACCAUGCGCCUGAAAAUCCACACAACGCAUACUAUUCCAGCCGAACUUCGCGAGGUUAUCGUGAAUAUUAUCCUGUCUUUGCUUCGUAUCUUCGAUCUUUCUGCGAAAGCUAUUAAGCGUGGAAGAGUGAAGAAGUAUUUGACAGGCCUUGUCCUUGGCAAGGACGAGAAAGUAGAGGCUGAGCUGAAGAAUUUAGAAAGACUGACGCAGAGUGAGGAGCGAAUAGUUGGUGCUUUGACAUUCUCAACCGUGACACAGAGCUCUCGAACUUUAGAUGGCAUCAAUAACAACGUGGGCGAGAUGAGAUCCCAGCUUGCAAACAUGAAUGUGGGUAUCCAUGCUGACUCGAUCGCGUCAUGGGUUCCAGAUCUGAAAGGAGAAUUGAAAGAAGAACGAGAUCGGAAGCUACUGGAGGCUUCCCUCAAUUCAAGCCACAUGCCUCAAGAAAUCUUUGAGAGCAUAUCGCGAAAGCGCAUGCCAAAUUCUGGCAAUUGGGUGCGUGAAGAACCGGUCUUUCAAGCGUGGGUUCGGGAUGAAAUUUCCACAAUAUGGUUGUACGGUGGACCCGGAGCAGGCAAAUCGUUCACCUCUUCCAACAUCGUGCAACAUAUGACAGCUUCAUUUCCUCAAGGUGUUGGUGAUACUCGAUGGACGUCGGUGGCAUAUUUCUUUUGCAAAGACUACUCUCAGGAGCUAAGAUCAGUCGAACAGAUCCUGAGGAGUCUUUCGUUUCAGAUAUGCCAGAAUGACCCGGUCUAUGCUAAGUAUUGCCUCAGCGUAUUCAAUUCCAUUGGGAGGAUCCAUACCACCGAAGGCAUCUGGCGUACCCUGUUCAUUGAAUUCUUUCAAAAGGAAGGGCUUGGGAACAAGGCUAUUAUAUUGAUAGAUGGGCUUGACGAGGCAUAUGAAAAUGAAGUCCCAGAGCUUCUUGAACUUCUCGUCGAUCUGCACGAAGAGGUGGACGGUAAAAUAAGACCUCGCAUUCAGAUCGCACUGGUGGGUCGUCCUUUAUUAAAUCAGGCUAUUGACAGUAUUCUCGGCGACAAUGUUGCUAGCAUCUUCGUCUCAGCAAAUAAGACAUCGAAGGAUAUGAAUGAGUAUGUGAAGCAAAGCGUUGGCAAGGUAAAAAUUCUCAAACGUGUUUCCCAAAGCUUCAGGCAAGAGGUUGAGAAGAAUCUAAUGGCAGGAGCCGACGGAAUGUUUUUGUGGGUAGACCUGAUGAUCAAGGAGAUCUCGGAGAAACGAAGGAUCGAUCAAAUUCGCCAAACGCUUGCACGACUUCCCAGAGGAUUACCAGACACAAUACGCCAUGUUCUGAAGCGCUUCGCCGACACAUCAACGGAGGACACAAUUGCAGACCUGAAUGAAAUCCUAGCUUGGGUUGCGUGUACGAAACGCCACCUGACAUUGGGGGAACUCGACACUUUCUUCAAGAUCCAAUCAGCAGAUGGCGAGGGCCUGAUUGACAUGGAAGGAGACCUCCGAACUCGUUAUGCAUCAUUUUUCACCAUAACUCGAGUCGACGGGCUUACUACAGAGGACUUGCAAAGCUAUCAUAAAGAACCCACUGACCUAGAGUCUCUGGUUCCUGAUGACGGCGUUGUCUGUUCUACUUCUACCUUAAUCAAUUCAGAUUCAAAUGAUGGGGAAGACACAAAGACUGAGUUUCAGUCAGAUCCUCACACGACAGUAGUCAAUUUUGCACACGCCAGUAUCGGCGAGUUCUUCCGACAGAACAGUGGAGGCAUCGUUGCAGGGGUUGGUCUAGAAAUUCACGACGCUCGCCUGAAAGUAACCAGAGCUUGCCUAAACAUGUGGUGCAAUGAUGAUGUCUGGGAUGCCCUGCAGGAAAACAAGUUUAUAACAUCUUUUGCCGAGGACUGGAUGCAAUAUGUUGAAGACAUUGAUUUGUCUGCCAUUGAAUUAGAAUCAAAGUAUGAGAUCCAGGUCCUCCUAAAGAAGACAUUACGCGAAGACAAAUAUAUUAGACGGUGGCUCGGGCUUCUGAUCGAGAGAUUCAAGGAAUGGUACUACUCAGAUGCAUCUAGUUCGGUCAUCAAGAAAUGGUUCAAAGAUGAGGAUAUCCAUUUCGCUUCUGACGCUGAUCAAAGCAACAGCGCGACAAUAACACCGUCAGAUACGGAGGUUUUCAGACAGGUGACCGAAGUUGCAGCCACUGCAUGGCUGGAGGAUACUUUGUGGGCUUCUUCGCGCUGUGUCCUAUUGAUCUGGAGAUAUAUGGACUUGACAAACCAAUUGACGCAUAAGAUGGAUUUGCCAGCAUUCUUGGCGAGGAAAGAUGUCGGAAGUACGAUGGUACGCGAAAUCGCAGAAUGGGCCAAACGUCCAAAAACGGCUCUAUGGCAUGCCCGUCUCGCCGAAGCCCUAGAAGAAUUCACAAAUGAAGAAGAUGCAUUUAAAGAGUAUUGCAAAGCAUUGCAGCUUGACGAGAAUCUUUGGCUUGCGCAUUCUGGCAUUGCGAACUAUGAGCACCGAAACGAACGGGGAGAUAACGCAAUCAAGCAUAUGCUCAAAGCUCAGGAGCUAAUUUUGGACGAUUCAAGACGUGAGACAAGCUUACGGGACUAUCUUUGGCAUACAUGCCACCAGAUUGCCUCCUGGGCGGAAGAAAAUGGCAACUCCAAGCUCGCACUUGACAGUUACAAAAAGGCUUUGCAAGUAGUCCCAGAUGAGCCGGGUAUCAUAGGUGGCAUGCUCCAGGUACUGGACAGACAGAAGAAUUAUGAAGCCGUCCUUGGUAUCCUGAAAGAAUUGGAUGACAAAGUUUCGUCAAAACCAGGGUUCUCCACCUUUCAAUUGCUGUUGCAAGACCAUUUGACAUGUCCCCUUAGUUAUCUCUACUUCCUUAUUGCCAGAACAGCUCGUGAGACGGACCAAAGAGAAUUCAUCAGAAAGAAUCUUGAGUCGACGAUGAAAGUGGCCAGAGCAAAAUUGAGAAUAAGUGAUGCAGCUUGGAUACACUACUGGCUCGGACAUUAUAUUCUUAGGGAGUUCAAGGACGAAGUGGUUGCUGUGAGAACAUGGGAAGCCAUGAUCAAGUCUUCCAAAACCUCAAAAUCGACUUCUCACCUCACUUACGCUGUAGCUCAAGCCUCGAUUCAACUCGCGGUCCUGUACUACAAUUUAGCAUUAUUGUCCGAUCAGAGCUCCUCAGAAUACGAUAAAACUGUCCGAAAGAUAGAAAGAUUAUCGCAGCGAAGGGUUCUGGAGGAUGAUGGUGACAGCACCGAGAAACCCAUUUUCCUCUUCUCAACCAACGACACAACUAUAACUCUUGGGAGCCUGUAUUUACUCAUGAAACAAGAAGUCUUAGCUACGGCUUGUUUCAAACCGCAUAUCAAGCUGGGCAUUGACCUGUUGACCGACGACGAUCCUGCUAACGACUGGGAUGCCUUUGAUAAGCUUAUAGCAACAUUACUAGCGGCAGGUCAUGAUGACCAUGCUGCCGCCGCCUUCACAACGAGAUGGCCUGUACGUAAAAAUAAGUCAGAUUCUAGGCGGGAAAAUCAAGGCGAAAAUCCCAGUCCUGAAAAUGAGUUAGCACUAUCGAAGGCCGAAUUACCAGUGGCAUCGAACAUCGAAAGCAAUACCGCAACGCCCACGCGGAUUGAAGAAGGUUUCGGUGAGCUACCAGAAAUGGAGUACGAUGAAUGGAAGGUUCCUGGACAUUGGGGUUGCAAUGGCUUCUGCAACGACCGAGAGAGCACUCGAGGCACUAGACACCAGUGUAGAAUCUGCGAUGGGAUAGAGAUCUGUGACAGUUGCCUUAUAUUGGUGAAAGAAGAUCGAAGGCCCUUUUUGCUGUGCAAUCCGAAGCACGAUUACUUCGAUGUGCCUCACUUCAAGGAAAGGCUACGUGAAGACACUGUUGUGUACCGAGGCGAAGAGAUGGAGGUCAGCAAAUGGGUGGAGCAGCUAAGGCGGGACUGGGACGUUUGA